UCCAUAUAUGAUUUUACAAUCUGCAGGAACUUUCCAUGCCAUCCGAGAGCGCAUUAUAUAUAGUACGGAAUAGAUUUCCCAUGCUUUCCCAUUAUCCAUGAAGGGUCCGCUAGUGUAAUUCGCGCAUAGGCUCACCGCGGAGACUGGGCACGGCAGAAGAUGUCAGCCCUCCGCAAUAUUCUGAUAGCGAUCCUUACAAUUUCCUUUUUCACCUUCAUCGCGUUCUUUGGCAGGCUGCCGAUAUUCAGGAAUACACCAAUCGGUGCAUUACACCGAGUCAUCUGGAUCUACAUCCCGAAUGGUUUCAGCGCGAUCGACAGAUUAAUAUGUGGAGGGCGUCUUGGGUCACGUCUGUCUCGUACGGGGAAUUACCUGCUAUACGACAAACACCCAGGAAUUCUGAUCUUCUUCCUUGGGCUCGUUGGAAUCUGCUACAUCCUUUUUCUCCCCGCCGCAUGGCCUCACCUUUCUCUCGUCCACCACAUCCUCAUCACAAUCCUGAGCCCACAGCCCUUCCUUCUCACUUACCUCUGCGCCCGAUCGAACCCCCAACUCCAGAUCGACACCUCCAACCAUGCGGACCGCAUGCUCGACUAUCCCCUCGACUACGUGCUCUACCACCCCGGCCGAAAAUGCCGUACCUGCAAAUUCGAAAAGCCGGCGCGCAGCAAGCAUUGCAGCAUCUGCAAGACCUGCGUGGCGCGGUCGGAUCAUCAUUGCGUGUGGGUGAACAAUUGCGUGGGGAGGGGGAAUUAUAAGUACUUCUUGGCGCUACUGCUCAGCAUGGGCGUGGUGAUCAGCUACGGUGCAUAUCUUUCCUGGUAUGUCCUGCAACCGAUGAUCGUUACUGCUCGAGCGCGAUGGCGAGGGCGAGUGCGGGUGAAGAUCCCAGGACCACAAUCCAGGAUGGACCACAUGUUGGACGUCGUCUCGCGAUUUCUGGACACUUUGAACUUAGCGAUCAUGGUUGGAGGAGGGAAAUUGGCGGGCGUAGGAUUGCUCGCGGUUUUGACGGCACCUCUACCAUUCGGUCUAUUACUGUACCAUGUGUACCUCAUCUGGGUGGGCACCACGACCAACGAAAGCGGGAAGUGGGACGACUGGAAAGAAGACAUGGACGACGGAGUGGUGUUUCUGGGAGACCUACGCGGGGAUCGUCCGACAUAUACUUCCUACUAUCGGUUGUCGCAAGAUGGGAUGGGCGUCGUGAACGUUCCAGUACAAUGGCCUGCUGUGAGCAAGCAGAUCCUGGUAAGGACGAGGGAUGGAGAACCUCCGCGAGGGCUUGCAGAUCAUGUGAACGGGAUCAUAGUUCCGAAUAGUUGGAGGCGAUGCUGGAAGUUGAGAGAGGUGGAGAAUCUUUAUGAUUUAGGAUUCUCGGAUACCUUGACCGAAAUUCUACGUAAUUGAAUUUCAGCAUUCUUUUUGAGCCGCCUUCCUUGCCUAUAUGAGACAAGUUCUAGAGCUUUCGGAAAACCCAGCGGGCCAUGUUCCUUUCGGUGCGGAACAGAGUACCCGUCA